AGUAGGCAGUAUGGCUAAUUCGUGCAGAAAUAAAAUCAGUGAUGAGGAAAUUGAAAUUUGGUUAUUGACAAAUUUAAUUCAUAACGAAGAUUAUGAAUUACCACUUUAUAUAAAGAAUAUAUUAAAUGGACAAUAUGAAGAUGUUUUAAAUAGUGAAUUGUCUUUAAAUUUAAUCGAGUCAUGCAAUAAUGAUGACUUCCACAAACUAGUGCACAAUGGUAUAGAAAGAGAAGUCAUCUCACAUAAUUCUUGGCUAUGUAUGGGGGUUGCUUCUUUGCUAUAUUUUAUCCAAUGUAAUUGGACAGGUCCACAAAUUGAUAAAAGCAUUGAAUGGUUGAAAUGUCAAGAAAAGAAUGCAUUUGAAAGCUUAUCUUUACACGAUGAAUGUAACACAAAUGUAAAAAGACCAGAGCUUCUUUGGUUUUCUAAGAUAAUAUUUUCCCAUGAAAUCUUGCAAAAUACUCAUAAAAGCUGUAUUUGGUGGUUAUUUAGAGCAAACCUCUUGCAUCAAUUCAUUUUAAAUGAAAGCUCUGGUGUAAUAUUUGAUGAGACAGAACAUUUAAUUGAUAAAAUCAAUGAAUUGUCUCUAUUAAAAAACCAGUUUUGUAAAACACUCUUUUGCAUAGAAGCUGCACAGUUUUAUUUUUAUUACAGAAGAAUUCAAAAUUCAGAAAAGUAUGUUGAAUUUGCUCAAGAAACAGCCAAAUUAAGUUUAAAUCUUGAAGGUGCUCUAGGCAAACGUACAAAAUAUCAACAUGAAGAUAAAGCUCAACUAUAUUUAAAAAUAAAUGUAGAGAAAAAUCAGUUUCCUUCUAGAUGUUGUGAAAACUUACCAAAAUCUCUUGAUUUACAUGAUGAUGUCAGAUUAGAACACAUUGAAUUUUCAAAAAAUAUUGAGGGCACUCAAUUAGGAGCAGUAGAAGAAGCUAUCAUAUUGGCAAAGCAUGUUCAAUUGCAGUUAUCGCAACCAAAGGAUAAGUUAACAGAUGAAGAAGUUAAACCCUAUUUGACAGCUGUAAUAGACAGUACAAGAAACUGGUCUUUGAAAAUGGCUUCUUUGUAUCAUCGUUGUAUACUAGAAUUGACUGACAAAAGAGCUGUUGAACGAUCAAUGAUGCAAUUAGAGCAUUUAAUACAUGAAUUAAAAAACACAAAAGUUUCUGUUAUCCACAAAAUGGAUAUGUUCUUUGCAUGUGGUCUUAAGGCUUUUUGGGUGUUGGAACAAACAUGGGCACAUGUCAUGAUGAGUCUUGGAUUGGUAAAAGGGGCUUUGGAUGUUUUCUUGAAGCUUGAAUUAUGGGAGGAAGUCAUCAACUGUUAUAGUAUAUUGGAAUUAAAACAUAAAGCAGCAGAGAUCAUACGUCAAGAAAUAUCUAAGAAACCAACGGUUCAGUUAUGGUGUUUAUUGGGCGAUGCAACUCAAGAUCCCAGUCAUUAUGUGACAGCAUGGAAAUUAUCCAACGAAAAAAGUAGUCGUGCUCAAAGACACUGGGGAUUAUUUUACUUUGUGAAAAAGAAUUACAAAGACGCCAUACCACAUUUAAAAUUAUCAGUUGAAUUAAAUAAUAUUCAAGAGGGUGUUUGGAUAAGACUUGGAUUUGCAGCUUUGCAAACAGAAGACUGGAAAUUAGCAGCAACUGCAUACAGGCGUUAUUGUGCCUUGGAACAGUCGACAUUCGAGGCAUGGAAUAACUUAGCGAACGCUUAUAUAAAAUUAGGAGAUAAAAGAAGAGCAUGGAAAUCCCUUCAGGAUGCUACAAAAUGCAAUUAUGACAGUUGGCAAGUUUGGGAUAAUUUAAUGAUUGUUAGCAUUGAUUUAGGACACUUUGCAGAGGUAAUACGUUGUUAUCAUCGUAUUUUGGAUCUCAAGAAUCAUCAUUUGGAUAUCCAAGUUCUUGACAUAUUAACUCGCGCUAUACUAAAUAAUAUAAACGAUUCCGAUGGGAAUCCUGCGCAAACAUUGCUCUUGAAAGCUUUAGAGUUGUUUGGAAGAAUUAGUUCUUUUACGCUCAACAACUCUCACAUUUGGAGAAUGUAUGGACAGCUUACAGCUCUUAAGCACACGGACAUAGACAAUGAAAAAGCAGCACAGUAUUUGCAGCAAGCUCAUCGGGCUGCUAUUUCAGAUCCCAAAUGGUUUCAACAAGAAGAGUCAAUUGAAAAUGUUCUACAGUUGUGUUGCAUAUUAGCAGAAAUGUAUUUGAACUGUACUUCCGAUUGUGAAGUUAAGAAAAAACGGACAUUAUUGGCAAGUGCAAAACUAUCUCUUCAGGGAGUUGUAAAAAAAGUUAAAGAUCAAGAAUGGAAUAAUGAAAAAAUUCUAACGUGCUUGCAAAAAGUUGAAGAAUAUUUAAAUACAAUAAUGAAUGAAUUAGAAUUAAUAAAAUUAACGACUUAG